CGGGGACCGCUGCGGCGGGCAUAACUUUUUCAAGAAAGACACUCCUCUGACAAGGCAGCCUGUACAAUGUCAGUCAGGCCAGGCCUAACGAACACCGACCUCGGCGGCACCACUCGCGGCUCCUGCGCGUCCCUGGACUGCUCGUGUGGGGCUUUUGUGACCCGUGAGGACGCAUUUGGAUAUGCGGACUGUCCGGCCGGUUGGUGCUUGAUUUGUGGCCAUCCACCAGCACAGCACGGGACUUUAGUGAAAACAAUCUCGUUAAGGAGGCCAAUACGGCACUUAGAAGAGUGCAAUAUUCAUUGCUUGGGUCAACUUUGGCACAAAAAUACCCGGACAUGCUUUGGGACCGACUGAAACCUGGGACCAAGCUCUCAACGAGACAGACACGUCUCUGGAGUGUAUUCAUGUGCCGGUUAACAGCGAGGCGAAAGAUGAGGUACGCACGAGAAAAAAAAGACAAGGCGCAGGCAAACAAUGGAGCGGAUCAGUAUGAUGUAGACACUCUAGCGCAGCAGUCCACCCCAGAUGCUCUCAAGGAACUGGAGUCCAUCGACUCUGCUGUCAAGUGCCCAGCCUCAGUAAAUGUGCCAUAUGUAGUCAAGCUCCUCAAAGUGACAUUUGAAGAGAGGAAAGGCACCGUCUUGGACAAACUUCCAGUCUACUUCUUGAAUGCUGAAUGCCUGCUGGCAGAAUGCGAGCUGCACUUCGCCAUGAGUUUUACAAGCAUGAAAGGCGUGUGCACCAGCAUACUGGAGGGCUUCGGCAAGGAUCACGGGUUACGCCAAGCAACACUGAUGGACGUUCAAGCCUUUCUGCGGUCAAGAUCAUCCCGCGAUGAUGCUUUGAGCACGGUCAGUCAAAUUUACUAAUAAGAUAAACGCUUCAUGUAAUGGCCAUGUUAGAAACACGGUAUUAGGAACAAGCAUUUUUUAUGGGGGCUUGCAUUGACAUGAAAUUUAAUACAAUCCUCGUUGCGUUUUAAAAAUAGCUGCGCGACUACAUUCCCGCAGAGUGCUCGGUGGACAAACCAGCGUGAUGUACGAAAUGAAUUCAAUGAAUCAAAAGAUCGCAAAUAUGCUUAGCGUGAAAAUGAAGUGUGCAUUGGGAUACUGAGCACGACGAUUUACCUGU